UCAGUGAGUUCCAGUCAACCAAUGUUAUAACAUAUGCUCAGGCGAUCCGACUUCCAUAAAAGGAGCAACCGCUGGGUAACUUGUUUCCUCAUUGUCCGAACCGUCUCCCCCAGCCAGUCCUGUCACCUCUCUUCCCUUAUCUGGACGCUUGUUUAACUGAACCUAAAAUUAUUGCCCCUUUGGAGGAUCAGUUUGUCCGUUUAGGGUUUUUGCUAUUUUUCUCUUUGAGAUUAUUCUCUUUCUUUGUUGUUCUUACAAGGAUCCAUUCAUAAAUGGGUAGAGUGAAACUCCAGAUUAAGAGAAUAGAGAACCCUACAAACCGGCAGGUGACGUUCUCGAAACGUAGGAAUGGACUCAUCAAGAAGGCGUACGAACUCUCCAUACUCUGCGAUAUCGAUAUCGCUCUCAUUAUGUUCUCUACAUCCCAGCGCGUCAGCCACUUCUCAGGCAGAAAGAGAAUCGAAGAUGUUCUCACACGUUACAUAGACAUGCCGGAUCACGACAGAGGAGGAAUUAUUCAAAACAAGGAGUAUCUGAUCAGUGCCCUCAAGAAAUUGAAGACAGAAAAUGAGAUAGCUCUUCAGCUUGCCAACCCCGUUGAACCAAAUCCAAAUCUGGAGGAACUACAACAAGAAAUUACUAACUUGCAACAUCAGCUCCAAAUGGCAGAGGACCAACUAAGAAUAUAUGAGCCAGACCCCCUAACAUUUACGUUGCAAGACGAAACUGAUGCCAGCGAGAAGAAUCUCUUGGAUACAUUAGCACGCGUUACAGAAAGAAAGAAAUACUUGCUUGGCGGCCAGUCGUCAACUUAUGACCCAUCAAACUUACAGAUUUACCUAGACACACAAGACGGCGUGCCAUCGUCAUUCGAGAAUGAAGUGGAUAUAUGGUUGCCCGAAAACGAGCACAACUCGAACAUUCCGUCAUGUGUAGGGGCUGAUACUUCUUCCAUUCCCAUAAGGAACAGCAAUUCCCCGCAUGAAAUGUACGAUUCAUUGGCACAUGGAACAACGGGAAUUAACGGCUUAGAGGCGUGUGGGAUGGGAGGAGGUUACCCGAUGACCACUGUGGGCCUUCCAUCAUGGCAUCACAACUAUAGUGCAACUGAACUCCUCUCUGCCUUCAUGCCUCCAACUUCUUACCAAUCAGUUAAGGGGCAGCCUGAAAUGGCAAGUCCGGGGAUUCCAUCGAUGAUGACACACCAGCAAGCUGUGACUUCAUCGAGCUCUUCCCAUGUCCCGUCCACUGAUGAAGUGACCAACUACAACGAGGGUGGCAAACUUCCUCCUCUUAAUGUAUGAUAAUUAGCAUACGAGAUAAUAGCUAGAUUCAUCUAUAUACAUGUAGGGAGGGUCACAUUACUUAUAAGUAGUGUUCGAGAGUCUCUUAUCAAAUUUUACGCCUCUAAAUUGCUUCUGACUUACAACAAAUAUAGUACUGCCCUAGAUUGCAAGAUGAAUUGAUCUUGUAUCGACUGAAGGACGACGACCUCGGUCCAUAAGAACAAUAUAUAUGUGUGCAUGUGAAUUAUUUCAAUGUAUUUUGAGUUAGAUGUACCCUCAAUUGAUAGGAAGAACAGGGGAGGGACAUGUAUGUUUGCGAAUCAAUCAAUGUGCAUGAACUU